AUGUAAUAAAUGCUUCAUCCAAAAAAGGAUACUUAAAGAGGGUCAAUAGUGGGGAAUAGUCCUUUAACUCCAAGAAGUUAAACUUCAAGGAAAAGCUCUUAACUGAAUAGACAAUCUUUCGAGUAAUAGGAACUCUAUUCUUCAAGGAGAUUUGGGUUGAAUCUAAAAGACCCACAAAAAGUGGAGGAAAUGAUCAAAAUCAGAUAGCAAAGAUUACCUCGAAAAGAAGCAGCAAAGGACGGUGAGAAAGAUCUUCGAGAAAUAUCAAAAGCGUAUGAUGUAUUAAAAAAUGCUUUGCCUGAAAUAAACAAUAAUUAGGGAGUGAUAAAGGAUCAAGAACUGCUAUAAUUUUAUAAAUAAUAGAUUGUAAUAAAUUAAAAUCCACGAAAAAAUUUUUUUGAGUUCAACACCUAUUUUUAUAAGAAUUAUUAAGCAAACAAUAAUGGACCUUGCACAACUCUACCUUAAUUGCUAAUAAAAAAAGUGGAAUCCUUUUAAAACAAAUUAGAACAACUUAUCAAGGAUCGAUGA